UAUCGCAUUUUCCCCUUUAAGGAGCUCUAGGCGAUGUACAUCUUUCUUCCCACCCCCUUUUUAUUUCAACAACAACCCAGUGAGUUCGCAGUACCUCAUUUGCCGUAUGAACCGGCCCUCCCACCAGUGGGAAUCUGGUUGGCUUUUAACACGCACGAACACCUAACACCCAAACUCCACCCGGAAGGUUUCCUCUUUAUGAAUGUGUAGACAGAUCUAUAGAGCAGAUGGUACAAACCAGGGCGUGUGACGUCAGAAGAGUGCGCCGGGUGGCCGGUCCUGCUCGGGUUCUGAGCCGGGAGGUCGCUGCUUAGGGUGCCCCGCGCGACGGAGGCUGAGAGGUCUGGCUGCUAUGUGUGAAGCCGAGGAGGGAGGCUGCGGAAACGAGACACAGCCUAAGAGGGCACCCCGGGGCAGCUGCCCCUCAAAAUGCAUGAAAUGCAAAGAAGGUUUCCCAGCGUUGAUCAUCCAUGUUGGGGAUGCCUUUUGCAAGAGUUGUUUCAAGGAUUAUUUUGUUCACAAGUUCCGGGCUAUGCUUGGCAAGAAUCGCUGCAUUUACCCUGGAGAGAAGGUUCUGCUUGCAUUUUCGGGCGGCCCUGCCUCCAGUUCAAUGGUGCGGCAAGUUCAAGAGGGCUUGAGCCGGGAAGCAGCCAAGAAACUCCGCUUUAAGCCAGGAAUCAUCUAUGUCGAUGAGGGAGCUGUGUGCGGACAGAGCUCAGGCAAGCGGGAGGAGAUCCGCAGCCAGGUGGAGAUGAUCCUGCAAGCCACAGGGUUCCCUUAUCACCUGGUGUGCUUGGAAGAGGUGUUUGACCUGCCAGGCUCUGUGCUGCACUCCAUUCCCCAUAGUGCCACUGACCACGGCGGCAGCUAUAAGGAAGCUGUGGAUGGUUUCAUAAGAUGGCAGCAGCAUGAGAAGACGGCGGGGGACUCAGCAAGCUCCCUGGAGGACCAGCUGGCUAGGCUUAGCGUUAACGGAUCUUCACAGCAGGAGGGACUGCCGGUCCCAGGAACUAGGCCUCCUCCGGUGCCCCAUACCGAAGAACUGACCAAGCUCUUUGGGGCUGUGAAAACCCUGACUGCAAAAGAGGAGCUCCUACAGACUCUCCGGACCCACCUGAUUCUGCAUGUGGCCCGGACAAGUGGAUAUUCCAAGGUGAUGAUGGGGGACAGCAGUACCCGUGUGGCUGUCAAGCUCUUGACCAACCUGUGCCUGGGACGUGGGGCCUUUCUGGCUGCAGAUACGGGCUUCUCAGACAGUCGCCACGGUGAUGUGCUGUUCUUGCGUCCCAUGCGGGAAUACACUGCCAAAGAGAUUGCCUUCUACAAUUGCUUCUUUGAGGUGCCCACAGUCUUCACGCCUGCGCUGGAUACUAAAACCCCCGACAGAGCCAGCAUUCACCGCCUGAUUGAGAGCUUCCUCUACAGGUUGCAGUGCGACUUCCCCUCCACCACCAGCACAGUCUGCCGGACAGGUGAGAAGCUUUGUGUGACUUCCCCAGAGGCUGAUCCUGGUGGACCCACAGAAACACCCCAGUGCCUCUUCUGUCUCUGCGCCUUGGACACCAAUGCUGUGGACGGCUCCUCCUUGCAGUCGACGGUGCUGUCAGAGCAGCUCUGCCAGAAGCCACUUCCACCAUCCACUGGGAACGGCUGCUGUGGAGGGGCCUCGAAUCAGACGGGAUGCUGCAGGGCCCCUCUGGCACCAAGAGAUUCUUCCCAGCUUCUCCCAUUGCUCUGCUACAGCUGCCGCCUGACCAUCAAAGACAUGAGCUCCUUGGAGCCUCUCCCAGCCUACAUCCACUUGGAGGCAGAGCGCCGGCGAUGCAGGGCUGCAAUGAAGCAAGAAAUCCAGGAGUUCUUGCUUGAAGAAGAGGACAGUGAUGCUGCUGAGGGCCUUCCCCUGAGCUGAUGACAGGUUUGCUGAGCUCUGGAGAACUAGAGUAGAACACCCAAUGCAAGAAAGCACCCCCUCUUGGCUCUUAUUCAACCUUUUCUUCCUUCCUGAAUUUUAUAAAUUUUCUAAAGCAAAUAAAUUAUUCUGAAGCCACCAGCAUCUGGCUCAGUGAUGCUA